AUGACUUCCAUUAAAAACAUUAAUUUUAACAAAUUCUCAAAUUAUUACAAACAAUUCCACCAUUUCGCUGGAAAAAUGGUUGAGAAAAUAUACCAAACAAGUUUAACAGCUGCUUUGGAUUCGGCUAAACAUUGUCUUGACAAGGGAGAUGUUAUAGCCCUUCCGACCGAUACUGUUUAUGGCCUUGCGUGCAGUGCCAACAACGAAAAGGCCAUCCAAAAGUUAUACGCUAUUAAAGGGCGAGACUUCCAUAAGCCAGUUGCAAUUUGCGUCAAGGACAUCGAAUCCUUGCGACAUUGGGGACAAGCAGAACACAUUAACGAUGUGCUUUUGGAGCAUUUGCUUCCCGGACCCAUAACCAUAGUGAUAGAACGCUCUGCGAAUCUAAACAAUAGGUUCCUUAAUCCGAGUACUUCAAAAAUUGGAAUACGAAUUCCCGACUUUGAUUUUAUCAAAAAUCUCUGCGAUAAAUUUGAUCAGCCUUUGGCACUGACGAGCGCAAAUAAAUCAGCCGAGCAAAGCAGCUUAAACAUUCAAGAAUUCGAAUGCCUCUGGCCACAUUUGGGAGGCAUUUUCGAUGGUGGCCAACUGGGUGUGACCGAGGAAUGCCGUUCGGCAUCAACAGUGAUCGAUCUUUCCCUUCCGGGAAGAUAUAAAAUAGUUCGAGAAGGUAUAGCUCUUAAGAGAACUCUUAGUAUUAUGGAAAGUUUCAAUAUAAAACCAUUGUUAUGAAAUAAAUCUUAAGUUUUUUCGUUUA